AGAAAGGCCGAGCAAGGGCCUGGCGAGCGCACGGUGAGCCCUGGGCUGGGCCCUGCCGAGCCACGGGGCCGGGGUUUUUACCUUGGUGAAGGUAUAUUGGACAACUGUUGACUUGAAAGCUGCUUUUAGGAUGUCUGAAGAUGAGGAAAAAGUUAAACUCCGCCGAAUCGAACCUGCAAUUCAGAAAUUCAUUAAAGUGGCAAUUCCAACAGAUUUGGAAAGGUUAAGAAAACACCAAAUAAAUAUUGAGAAGUAUCAGAGAUGCAGGCUCUGGGACAGACUGCAUGAAGAGCACAUCAACGCAGGACGAACAGUUCAGCAGCUCCGUGCCAACAUGCGAGAGAUGGAGAAGUUGUGUUUGCGAGUGCGGCAGGAAGACAUCCCAGUUCUGCAGAGAAUGAUAAAUCCCAUUAAAGAGGAAGCUUCAGUUGCCAUUAAGGACUUCCUGCAGCUGCAUUCUGAAUCUGCAGAAGAACUUAAAAGGCAACUCAAAGGACAGGAGGAUGCCUCUUUAACCAGAUCUGCAACUCUAGGAGAAGAAACUUUAUAUAACACAGAAGUGAAGGAUGGCUCCCAAAGUUUGAUCCAGAUCUACUCCCGCCUUCCGGAAAUACCUCAGGAAGAAAAUGCAGCUGAGUCCUGGGAAAGUUUAGAAGGGGACUUGGUUGAGCUCAGCCAGUUGGUGACUGAGUUUUCUCUCUUAGUCUGUUCCCAGCAGGAGAAGAUUGACAGGAUUGAAGAACAUGUCAACAGUGCUGCUGCGAAUGUUGAAGAGGGAACCAAAAACUUGGGGAAGGCUGCAAAAUACAAGCUGGCAGCUCUGCCUGUGGCAGGUGCAGUCAUUGGUGGAGUGGUGGGGGGUCCUAUUGGUCUCCUUGCAGGCUUCAAAGUAGCAGGAAUUGCAGCUGCACUUGGCGGUGGGAUUUUGGGCUUCACAGGUGGAAAAUUGAUACAAAGAAAAAAACAAAAAAUGAUAGAGCAGGUCUCUUCCAGCUGUCCAGAGCUUUCUCACCAAAGUGCCAAAAAAUCCAGCUGAAGUAUAGAUUCAUUAUGGCCAGGAAUAACAGUGUAGUAGCUGAGCUAAUGACAGACUUGCAGCCUUAUGCUUUAUAUACAAGGCUGAGUUGUGUGAAUUUUGAGGACAGUUCUGCUCCUUGGGAGGGCUGAAAAAGUCGUGUCAGAAUUUCUCUUUUCAGACACGGUGACAUCAGUCUUUUGAAAAUUAUAUGGAUAACUUUUAAUUACAUAAUUCUUAGGUAAGCUAUAUUCACAGCUGUAAUAGUGGGUGACAGGUGCUUCAUGCCAAAUUUGCACAAAGUGUCUUGCAGACAAUGCAAAGAGAUACUUGGAAAAUCCUAGUGCUUUCCCAUGAAUGCCAUGAGAAGCUGGAGCUUUUAUUGUAGUGCUCCAAAGAAAAGGAAAUAAAUGCCAUCAUUCUUUCACACUCAUAGUAUUUUAAAUUUACCUUAAUUUAUCUGGAUUCCCAAACUCUUCCAGUUAUUCCCCAGGAUAUGACUGACUAUGCCUGUUUAAUAAUACACAGGGAAGCACGUGCUGUUGUACAAAAAGGUGAGAAUGUGAGUGAGCAAAGUGGAAAAAAGUUAUGUAUUUAUCACAUCAGCACUGGAAGCAGCUUCUCCCCUUUCCAGGCAAGGCAGUUGAUUUGUAAACUCCCCACCUGGCUCAAAGUGUAAUUGUGAAUUGAACAGUCUAAGCAGCAACCCUGCAGCACUGCUACUGGAGGGUGAUAAUUUUCCAUAGCUGUUCAGCUCCUUGGCUUGUGCUGAGAACACUCUACAGGAUGAAGAGCCCAGCUCUGGCAUUCUGCACCUGAAGCCUCCCACGUGGAAGCAGCACUUAUUGCAGGAUGUUGCCUUUGCUUCUCCUGGAGCCCAGAGCGCCCUGGUGGGAGAGCUGAACAGCUUCCCUGGAGGGCAGUGCUGCAGCCAGGCCCGCUCCCUCCACGGGCUGCUGUCCCUCAGGGCUGCUGUGAGGCCCGGGCCGGCAGAGGAGCAGUGAGGGAGGUCCCUUCACACCGGCAGUGCCAGCUGGCAGCCCCAGAGGUGGGGACAGGGCUGGAAAUGUGAACCUGAUAGAGCUUACGGCAUAAACCACGCCUGUUUGGGCAGCUGCACUCCUGCAUUGCUCUCCGGUGCCAAAACUUCUGCUUCCACCCACACUGCAGUGUAGCUGCUCAGCCUCUUCAAGAUUUUGGGACAUGCUGGGGAGCCUGUAUGGGGUGAGAUGCUGGCAGUUCUUUUGCUUGCUUUUUAUAGUGGACACCUGUUAUCUGACCCUCCUUAAGAAGCCUUUUGCUUCUGGAGCUUUGAUUGUUAAAUGCAAAAGUGUUAAUGUGUUGUUAUUGUUAUAUAAUUGUACAAUUGUCACAUAAUUUACUGUUCUGAACAUGGUCCUACCUCCACCCUUUCAGGACACUUCCCACACUACUGCUGCUACUAUUUGGGGGAACGGAAAUUGAGGUUGGAAGCUGCUUUUUGAAGUUUUUAGAUUUGUCAAUUCAUCCUGAGCUCUGCUUGAGUUGUUUUCUUAGAUGCACAGUGAAGUCAGUAUUGAGAUAAGGCUCCCUAGCAGGGAACAUGGUCCAGGGAAGUAUACUAUAGAAAGAGCUCCCUUUCAAUAACCAGUACUUUGAUAUCAUCACUGGAAAUCACUGUCUGCUAAUGACAGAUGAUGGGGUUUUGUGCCUAGAGACAUUGUAAGCAACUGUUAGUUACAGCACAAAUAACUUCUUCUAAGCAGUGCUUCCUUAUUACUUUUAAAAUACUGAAAUUGCUAUCAGCCAGAGCAUUAUGUCUAUUUUAAGUAGGUCUGAGAUUCAGGGAAACAAUGUGUGCAAGAAUAGUUUUCACAAGUAAUUGCAGACAUUGUCAAAACUGCAUGUGUUAAAGCCUCAGUGCCUGCACUGGUAAAAUCAGCUGGAGUGCAAAACAUGACCUGAGUAAUUCAGCUCAUUUGCUUCUGACAGGCAAAAAGCCCUUUCCUUUCAAUGCCUCUACUUCUGAUGUAAACACAGUUAAUGAGCUUGUAACAACUUCAUAGCAAGGGUGUUCAUUCCUUUGAUAUUUAUUUUCUACAUUUAAAGGAAGACACUAAGAAAAAAAGUGUUCUUAAUCAAAAACUGGUUCAUUUUUUGUAUGAUCUUCAAGUGUGCUCUCUGCUUUCCUGCUGUAUGCUGUGAAACCUCGUGCAUUUAAAUGACAACAGCCACAUCAGCAAUGUUGUGGACUCCAUCCUCUCCCCCCCAAACUGGAAUAACGCCAGGACAAUCUAAAUUCAUAAGACUGAAUUCUGCCCCAGCUUAUACAAAUUCAGCUUGGUGUGCAUUCAUUUUAUGAAAUGUCUACUACAGAAACUAUUCUUCCCCCUUGCAUCCUUGUGGAAGCAAUUUGAAAUCAUUGUGUACACACUAGAUGUGGGAGACUGUUAUUUAAGCUAUGAUAUUUUAAAAUAGGUGGAUUAUUUACAUAUGCAAAGAAACAUCAGCAUGUGAGUAACCAAACUAGCAAUUAAAUUGCUAGGCAUGUUACUCAGAAGAAUUGUAAGAUAUAAAUAAUUCUUUCAGAUGAAAUAAAAGUUUUUGCCUACGAGACUGGUUGGAGCAUUUACUGAGAACACCAGGGUUUGUUUACUUUCAGCAUCUAAAAGAUUAAUCCCUCCCAAAUUUUACAUUAUUAAAAUAAUUGCACUACCAAGAUACAAGAAUCCUGUAAUGAGUUCCCAAACACAUACUUCAGCCAUCAAAAUAUUUACAUUGACUGAAAUGAAUAGAAGUUCCUAAAAUGUCAGUAAAUCCAGUAACUCAUACACACACAGCGGCUCAGAAACGGACUCAAGUUCAGUGAAACACAGUUUGGAAUGGUUUUGUUCCCUAAGGGGAUAACACUAAUAUUUUUGACAGCUUCUCCUGGAAAAGCUGUAAGAAGUGUUAAAGGGAGUGGGAAGUUGAGCACCAAAUGGUUAACACCACAGAUGCAGAUGUUCAGAGUGCAAGGGCUCAAUUUGAAACACAACUUGGCUUUUGAGAAGCACUUGGCUUUCCCAGGUAAAGGCUCAAGUGCCCCUCAGCAGAAUGGGCAAGCCCAGCUCAGCUUUAGCUGUGCAACCUCCUGCCUGCAAAGAGAAAAGGGACUCGAGCGCUGGUGCAGCUGGGUCAGUGGUCAUCAAGAACUCAGGAGAAUCAGGUCCAACUCCAAUGAAUGCACCAAAAUUACUUGAGGAUGAACUGUCAUAAAACUGUUACAUCUAACCCUCAGCCUAGUGCUGGGGAUGCCAAAGCUCUGGGAGCAAGUCCUUACCCUCAAAAGCAAACUUGAAUUAAGGAAGGGCAGAGGGGUCCCAUCUCUUUCACUUCCUAGCUGAGAGCACCAGCCAGUGGACUGCUUGGGUGGAUGAUGAUCAGCUCUCUUCAGAAAGAGAAGUUUAGAUAUCUUCCACCAAACAGCAAUUAUAAAUCCCAUUCCUCCAAGAAUCUCAAGGAAAAAUAGGAACCUCAGAGGGGUAAGGUAAGUACUUGCAGGUAUCAUGUAAUAAUUGACUAAAAUUUCAGGUGCCGGAACUCCAGAAGUUGCAUAAUACAACCUGCAGAUAAUAAGUGCCAGCCUUAAAACCACACCCUGCUCACAUCUUUUGAUUUCAGCUGGAAGGCAGUAUGACUCAGCUGCCAAAAAUGCUUGAUUUGUGAUGAGAUGGAGAAUGGGGCAGGAGAAGACCUGGCUUUCAAGCAUUUUAUGUGCACUCCAAAAUGCAGAUUCACAAAACCAACAAAAAAGUAUAGCUGUAAAUAAAGCUUUGCAAUAUUGUUUUAGCUCCCAACUCUGCAGCUGCAUAGUCAGCUGUAGCUUAGUGUAGUACCAGCAACUCUGUCCUCAGAAAUGCUCCCUAGAAAUCUGCUGAGCCUGGUGCUGCAGGGGCUUGAGUCAGGAGCCUGUCAUGGGAUCAACUUUUGCCACAGCUGCUCAGGACCAUGUCACUGUGUCAUGUCCUCUGUCAAUAACUGAGCCAGUGGCAUCAAUCUGAGAGGCAAAAUGGUCCUGAGCAGUGACUGCACAGGCUGGGGCACUUUCCUAAGUAAACCAGAACCCAGUGUUCCACCUGUGCAGAGAACAAACUUGCUUCCAAGGACACUGAGCCCUGGGGCCCAAGUCACAGACAUACAGUCUGUGCCGUAAGGGUACAAAUCCAGUAAUCUCCAGCAAUGCAGCACAAAUCCAGAGAUAUUCUGUCCUCUCACAGUUACUGUAUGUUUACCUCACCCAGCAGUUUGAAGGUUCAUUGAGGAAAGCCCAUAACAGAAUGCCACAAGGAAAACGGUAAUUCCUUCUUCAGAACAGAAUUCAAAGAGUACACAAUAAGUGAGGCACAAGCCAGGCAAAGAGUAACGGAAAAUUUGCAAUGGUUGUUUGAACAGUGUCUG